GCUUCCGCGCCAGCAAUGGCGGCGCGCCCGAGCCUCGCCUACUUCCCCUCCGACGCCGCGCUCCUCGACUCCUCCGGCCUCCCGUGGGGCGUCGCCGUCACGCCCUUCUCCCCCGUCGACGAGCGCGGCUCGGCUCCGGCCACGGGCGAGGAGGGCCACCUCAUCCCGCGCUGCUCCUCCUGCUUCGGGUACUUCAGCACCCAUUGCUCCCUGCACCGCUGGUCCUGGACGUGCCCCAUCUGCUCCGAGGAUAACGACCUCUCCGCCGACGCCGCCGCGCGCUACGCCCGCGACGGCAGCCACGACCCGCCCGAGUUGCGCUCCGCCUUCGUCGACCUCCUCCUCCCGGACGAGGAGGGCGAUGCGGCGGCUGUGACGACGCCCGUGUACGUGGCAGCGGUCGACUUAUCCUCUUCAGAGGAGUUUUUGGAGCUAGUCAAAAGUGCUCUUCUGGCAGCUCUUGAAGCUCUUUCUCCAGGAUCAUUAUUUGGAAUACUAACAUAUAGCAGCAAGAUAGGACUAUACGAUGUUCAAGGUCCAAUACCAAUUGUGAAGAAUGUUUUUAUACCUCCUGAUUCUGAUGGCACCAUACUCGUGGACCUUAAAGAUGUCAUGCCGUUUCAUUCGUUUUUGGCUCCUGUUGACACCUGCAAAGAUAGCAUUGCUCAAGCACUAGAAACACUUAAGCCAGUAUCUUCGUGGGAAAUGGCAGCAACUGCAUCGCAAGUUCAAGAUCAUGCGUCGCAUCAUACACGUGGUUUUGGUGUAGCAUUGGAUGCUCUUGUCAACUACCUAAGUGUGGAAUACGAAACUACAUUCGAACUUGCUAGGAUAUUUGUGUUCUUAUCGGGACCACCAAAUUAUGGGCCUGGCCAACUAGACACACCAGGAAGCCAUGGAGACCACAAUACUAGUAAAGUGGUGGAUUCAGAUCAUACGCAACUUCCCGAACAGACAAUUUUCUACAAGAAUCUGGCUGCUAGUGCUGUUCAAGCAGGUGUGUGUGUGGACCUUUUCGCCAUUACAAAUGAGUACACAGAUCUUAAUUCCCUGAAGGUUCUGAGUGUUGAAAGUGGUGGCUCAUUGUUUCUGUAUUCAAAUACAGAUGAAUCCACACUCCCACAAGAUAUAUACAAAAUGCUUAGCCGUCCAUAUGCCUUUGGUUGUGUACUGCGACUGAGGACAUCUUCGGAGUUCAAGAUUGCUGACUCUUAUGGCCAUUUCUUUCCGGAUCCUCAAUACAUGCAUGUUCAGCACAUAAAUUGCUGUGAUUCGUUUGCUAGCUACACUUAUGAAUUUGAGUUUGAAAAGGGUUCUCAGUUUUUGAGGAAGUCAAGGCCUCCUAUUCUCCAAAUCGCGUUCAAGUACACGACCAUUGUGCACCAUGGUGAUACAUCUGAUGUCUCAAAUUCUGGUAGCAGGUCUAAGUUCUCAUUGCAAAGGCGGCUAAGGGUGCGGACUAUCCAGUACAACACAACUGCUAAUAUCUGGGACCUAUAUGAUUUUGUUGACCCAGAUGUGGUAUUGACCAUACUUGUACACCAGGUUAUUUUGGCUUCUCUAAAUGAUGUGGUAGAAGCAAGACUAUGGCUCCAUGAUUGGUUGGCGAUUUUCAUUGCCCAGUACAACAAGGCAUACAAGAGCGUUAGACCAGCUGAUACUGGGGUUUCUGAUAUUGAUGUUGACUUCUCAAACUGCUCACAAUUGCAGCCUUUGGCACGGCUUGUAUUUGCUUUUCUAGUAAGCCCCUUGCUUCAAGUUCAAGAUCAACAUAUUCAUCCAGAUUAUCAGACAUAUUUGCAAUGCCUCUUCAGUGCACUGGAGCCGGCUUCUGUUCGACAAGCUAUAUGUCCCACGUUGACUUCAUACUCCUCUCCUGAUACAGAAGCAGAAGUUCAUCAGUCGCUAAGUCGCAGUGUAAUCACCAGCGAGAGACCAAUAUUCCUUCUUGAUGCCUACACUGACCUUUUAGUGUAUUAUUUGCCUACAGCCAGCACCUCAAUUCCCUUCCCUCCUCCGCGCGACUGUCUGUUGAGAUCAACUGUCGACAAACUGAAGCAAGAAAGGAAUUUAACCCCCAGGCUUGUUUUUAUUCGUGGUGCGCAUGAUGAUACUACAACAUUCGAGAAAUACCUUCUUGAGGACCGGGCUCUAGAUGGCACUUUGCUGGCUGGCACCACAGGUUUCAGAUCAUUCCUUGAGGACGUUAGAAGCAGAGUAGCUGAAUUUGGCAUAUAGAGACCUAUUCCAACUGUUGUUUCAGCAGUUUUAAAAUAUACGAAGAUUGAUGAUUCUGGUCAUCCUGAGCCUUUGCAUGCACAAGAGCCGUUGUAUUGCUCUGCUUAUUUUUGUGUUUGUAUCGCAAAAUCUUUGUCAUCCUUGCUGUACUUGUGUAGGCUAUUUGUAAGUUGUCAUGACAGUUGGGGGAACCAGUUGUCAUCUGCAUACCAACCACUGCAUGAUAUGAAGCCAACAUCACAGGCUGAUAGUAUCCCUGGGUUUCAUACUUCAGAAGUUUGUCUUGAACAUGCUUGUACUUUUUACACCAACACAAACAUGCUUCAGAGAAAAUUUCAGCUUGUACUGUUUUCA